GAAUCUACACGGACCGACCGAGUGACGGAGCGGAGCAAAAGUCGGGCGCAGACACACGAGCUUAAAUCUCCAGAAAAAGUGUGAAAGGAGAAGUUCUGUUUUAGUGUGCGUGUGCAGACCGCUUCUUCUCCACUUCCCCUCUUUAGUAGAAACCAAUGUGUGAUAGUGAUUGGAGUUGACAAGCCCGCUCCUCCACUACUGUAUCUACUCCCUCCUCCUCCUCCUCCUCUCCCGCUCCACACAACCAGGAAAUCGUCGAGGUGUGCUUUCUUUACACCGCCAGUUGCUACCCCGUUUUGCGGGUGUAGAUGCGCCUUUUUUCCGGCGAUUCUUCUCCGUUUUUUUAUUGCAUUUCACUCGUUUGACUUUUAACGCCGGGGCUUCAGCUCUGAAGUCAGCCAAAACUUAGCCUACGAGGAGAGGAUCUCCACUCUUUGGCCGAACAAUGAGUGAGUCGAGUAUUUGCCAGGCUCGGGCCACUGUGAUGAUCUACGACGAUGGCAAUAAGAAGUGGCUGCCGGCGGGCACUGGACCGCAGGCCUUCAGCCGAGUCCAGAUCUAUCACAACCCUUCCACCAAUGCCUUCAGGAUAGUGGGACGCAAGAUGCAGACGGACCAGCAGGUGGUUAUAAACUGUCCCAUUGUGAAAGGUCUCAAGUACAACCAGGCCACAAACAAUUUCCACCAGUGGCGGGAUGCCCGGCAGGUGUGGGGCCUCAACUUCGGCAGCAAAGAGGACGCUAAUCUUUUUGCCAAUGGCAUGGCUCAUGCUCUGGAGGUGCUCACCUCCAUGGCAGACGCAGGCUAUUCAACCCUCCCCCGCCCAGUGUCAAAUGGACCUACUCCAGAAGAGCUUGAACAACAGAGAAGAUUGGAGCAGCAGAAGCUGGAACAGCAGGAACGAGAGCGCCAGGAACGGGAGAGACAGGAGCGGGAGAGACAGGAAAGAGAGAGACUGGAGAGAGAGAGACAAGCUGCUGCAGUCUCUAUGCCUCCACCUCCACCGCUGGCCACUGGAGGCCCUCCUCCUCCACCGGGCCCUCCACCACCCCCUGGCCCUCCACCACCCCCUGGCCCUCCUCUGUCUAUUGGCGUCCCUCCCCCGCCUGGACCACCACCUCCGCCGGCCCCGCCCCUGCCCUCCCUCGGAGGAGGAGGAGGUGGCAAUAGUGGUGGUAGUGGUGGUAGUGGUGGUGGUGGUGGAGGAGGAGGAGGUGGAGGAGAUGGUGACGGUGAUGGCGGGGGAUUUGGAGGAGGGGGCUUGGCAGCUGCCAUAGCAGGAGCUAAACUCCGCAAAGUAUCAAAGCAGGAGGACGGAGCUCCUGCAACACCAAUAGGCAGAGCCGACCCCAGCCGCAGCAGCGCCUCUUCUGGCGGAGGAGGUGGAGGGGGUUUGAUGGGUGAAAUGAGUGCCAUCUUGGCACGAAGGAGAAAAGCUGCAGACACAGGAGAGAAGCCCGCUGUGAAGCCACCAGAGAAUGAUGAUUCAGAGCCUCAAGGUCAAGGCGACACCCUGAGAAGACCGUGGGAGAAAUCAACUAUGACCAGGAAUAACUCCAUCCCCAAGAGCAUGGACUCCACCCCCUCAUUGUCCCAAGGGUUCAGGCCGAAGCCUGCAGCCAACAACGGUAAUGAUGCAGGUGUCAUGGAUGACUCGGAUUUAGAGAAAAUGAAACAGGAGAUCCUGGAAGAGGUGCGUAAAGAACUGCAAAAGGUUAAGGAGGAAAUUAUUGGAGCCUUUGUUCAGGAGCUGCAAAAGAGAAGCACAUAGUUCUGCUGAGUGUCAGGUGUAACGGAGGGAUGCGAUAGAUGGAGGUGGUCGAGGACUGUUGGGACCUCUCCUCCGCUGUGCCCUCUCAUGUAGCCCAGGGAUUUUUCUUUUUCUCCUACACAUUUUCUCUUUUCUUUCUGUCUUACACAAACGCAUGUGAGCAUACUUGCUUAUGUGUCCAUCAUGCAUAUUCACUUCAUGUAAAUGGUAACCCUCCCCCCCAUGCCAUCCGGCACGUUUGAUGGUCACUCCCCAACGCUGCGAUGGUGAUCCCAUCUAUCCGAUCUCUCCCCCUGUUCAUUCAUCCCGUCCCCUUGUGUCCCCUUGUGUCCUCUGUGUUCUGUUCAUCUGAACCAAUUCAGAGCACAUAGCUACAGCCACAGUUGUUCUUCCAAUUCGUCAUCAUGUACACUCAUCAUAUCCCUCUUUUCUGCAGAAAUCCUGCUACUUGUGUCUUCUCCCUUCUAUCAGACGCACCAUUUACUGAUAGAGCAGUCUUCAGUAUUCAGGGACAAUGUAUUAGUCACAUUUUUACUGUAAUAGCGAGAUGCUGGCAUGCUGGGAUCCUUUUUCUCUCUUUCUCAGUUGGCAAACACUUGUUCGACCUCAAACACUGCCACAGAUAGUUGAGUUUAGACAUCUGCCAGUAGGUUGUUGUAUCUAAUGGUAGUUGGAGGUGGAAAAACAAUAAUAAUCAAGGAUGGAUCGGAGACCCCAACGGCCCCCGACUACUGCAGUGUCGCUCCGUCAAGUGAACUUUCAGCUCCUGCGCCAAUGGCUAAGAACUAAAACGGCACAACACAAGCCUUCACUGCUGCAAGAUGGAGACGUGAGAGGAAGAGGAGACAAGCAAAGGGAAUCUGAUGGACAACCUGAGUGCUGUGAAAGAGUGUGUUGUAGUUUUAUGAUGUGUGAGAAAUGUUUUCUCUUUGCAUUGCACUUGUUCCAGAGGAAGUGUGUCUGUGUGCCGCACUGCCUUGACAGACUAUUCCCUCUCACUCAACAUGAGAUAUUUGUUGGCCAGUGCAGUGCUCCUCCACUGUGCUUCCGCUAGUUCAUUUCUUCCAUUCUAGCUGUUUUCUAACCUUGAAACAUGAAAAAUGGCCAUGAUGAGGUCAAUUAAUUUGCCUUGAGAAUAAAUAUAUAAAUAUAUAUAUAUAUAAAUAUA